AAUUGUCUAGUUUACCUAAUAAAUUACAUUUUUAUUUAUUAAUAAUAUGUGCUAAUUAUUAAUAUCAGCGCAGUAUUGACUAACUCGUCCCCUUGCAAUCCAUCAUGGCUACGAAAGAAAACACGAUCAUAGUUGAUCUUGAACUAAAAAAGGCCUUUCAAGAACUUCAGAAUAAGAUGAUUACAACAACACAACAGUUAAAAGUCUCUGAUGCUCAAAUAGAAACCUUGAAACGUCAAAUAACUCACUCUAAAUUAGUCACCAAAGAAAUAGCAGCCCUGCCAUCAGAAACAAGAGUUUUUCAAGGAGUUGGUAGAAUGUUUUUAUUGCAACCAAUACCAACAAUACAGAAAAAUUUAGAUGCUAAAAUGAAAGCCUCUGAAGAAAAAAUCAAAACAAUUGAUACAAAUAAAGGUUAUUUAGAAAGAAGUAUCAAGGAAAGUGAGGAUAGUUUACGAGAAUUAGUGUUAUCAAAGAAAGGGAGAUAACUUCUUGGCGACUGUUAUCAAAGACUUGUAACUUAUAUCCUCAUAUUUUGUUAUCAUGCCUUAUGUUUUCACUGUAGAUGCUGCAUCAUAAAAACAAUAAAAAGAUGACCUGGCUUACCUUUAAAAAAAUUAAUAUAAGCUUAUAUAUAUAUAUAUGUGUGAAAACCAUAAGGGCCUAUGAUAAGCCUUUGCUUGUCCAAAAUUAAUAUGGUUUGCAUUAUAUUGUACAGAAAUAGACAUGUUUUGGAUUUUUACCAAUCAAGAUUAAAAUUAAUACAGCUUAUUUAAUAAAGGUCAAAUCUUGAA